ACCCUGCCUCUUAACACUCAGCAAUGUUGGUGUAAAAGUUAAGGUUUCAUAGUUCACUCUGUAGCUGCACUGCCUUAAAUAUGUCUCUGCUGAUCAAAGUUAUUGUUGCUUUUAUUGGAAUACUAGUGGCAUUUUAUUUUUAUUCCGGAGACGAUGGAUUUGAUCCUGCAAUGCUAAAGGGGAAGAGGGUGAUAGUUACAGGGGCCAGUUCUGGCAUUGGAGAGCAGAUGGCAUACCAUUUGGCACAGAUGGGAUCUCAUGUCUUGAUUACUGCCCGAACAGAAGAGAAGCUGAAAAAGGUGAUUGAAAAAUGUAAACAGUUGGGUGCAGCUUCUGCAUAUUACAUUCCUGGAAGCAUGGACAACAUGACUUUCGCCAAGCAAGUUGUCCAGGAAGCAGAACGUUUAUUUGAUGGACUGGACAUGCUAAUCCUCAACCAUAUUGGAUACACAUACUUUAAUUACUUUGACGGAGAUGUGGACCAUGUACGCGAUUUAUUGGAAAUUAAUGUGCUAAGUUAUGCAACCAUGACGGUGGCAGCUCUCCCAAUGUUGAAAAAGAGCAACGGGAAUGUGGUGGUGGUCUCAUCUAUUGCUGGUAAAGUUGGCUUGCCACUUUCUGUUCCAUAUUCUACCACCAAGUUUGCCCUAGAUGGCUUUUUCAGCUCAUUACGCAUGGAAUUUAAGCAGCAGAAAAUCAACGUGUCGGUCACACUAUGCGUCAUAAGUUAUAUAGACACAGAUUCAGCUGUAAAUACUGUGUCAAAGGUGAUCCAGCAGCCAGCUGCUCCAAAGGAAGAGUGUGCCUUGGAAAUCAUUAAAGGAGGUACCCUGCGAAAAAGGGAGGUCUACUAUAAGUAUGAAGCCACCAAGAUUCCACUUCUCCUUCGAGAUUGGGCUCCAGAAUUUCUAGAGUACCUUGUCUUGAAAAACUAUGACAUGAAGAAAGUCGAGCAGACAAAAUGAUUGUCCUGCCAACUCCUACUUAACUUCAAUGUCAAAACAAUGUUAUAUUUAGAAUAUUUAAAUAUCUUGUUGUAUACAGAA